AUGUCUUCCGCCGCCACCUCCUCCGCUGUACCUCUACACAAGCCUCAUCCUCUUCCUCGAUUCACCACCACGGCUCCGUCUCUCGAUACCAAUCUUUCACAGCAGCAGUCGCAGUCCGUCUCACCGCACUCCUCCACCUGCUCCUCUCCCAACGGCUCCCGGUCCAGCAGUCGCCGCCGUCCGUCAUUUGGCUCCAUCAAGGAGGACGUUGACGGCAUCGCACAAUCCUUCGUUGAUACCCACAUCGAUCAAUCGCCCGCCGAGCAGUCCAAACCCUCCUCGCCUCUCGCGACUGAUAUGCAACACACCCCCGACUUUUGUUGUCCAUGCGGCGGAUUCCUGGGCUGGAAGCAGAUUCGUUUGGGGGGCAAGAGUCUCAGCCGGAGCUAUGGCGAUCUACGCUCACUGGGGAGCAUGCAUACGCGCGGGUGGGCGUGGGAGAAGGAUGCUGCGAUGAACAACCUUCCUAUGAAGACCGUGCAACUCAAGUCGCAAAAGCCUCCACCAGGUUCCUCGCCGCUGGAGAAGCUGCCCCCAGAAGUGCUCGACCAAAUCAUCUCCAAUCUGGCACUGGAUAUCCCACCCAAUGGCUACACGCCACGGAACGUUGACCUAGUGGCGUGUCUUCUGACCUCUCGCACGUUGCACGCCGCCACCCUGGCGGUGUUGUACAGAAACAUGACCUUCCCGCAUUCCAUCAUCUUCUCCAAGGCCCUCAACCACAUGUCGCAGUAUCCCGCUCUGGGAACGCUGGUGCGCCGGUUGGAUUUCUCCCACUUCACCUCGGUAGGCUUGGGUCGCACCAAGCAGAUGAACGCCGAAAUUCAGAACUUAACCUCUACGACGCUGUUGAAAUGCCUGGAUCUGCUGCCCAACCUCAGAGAGUGUCUGCUCCAGGAGCAUGUGGAAGGAGAUAUCAGCGUGGAAAUUGUGCAAAAGGUCUUCACCGGUCUGCCCAACCUGCAGGGCGUGGAUUUCUGCGGCUGUGCCACCCAGUCGUUCUCCGCGGUUUUCAACGAGGCGCUGACCACGGGCUUGGGUCUGCCGUUGAGCCUGCCCAAUCUCAAGCGUCUUUCCCUGCACGAGUGCAGCAGCCUGCCUCCGUCCACCUUUGAGCUUCUCCUUCCGCGCCUGAUCAACCUGACCCAUCUCGAUGUCACACACACCCAGAUCAACGAGGCAGCGCUGUUCUCCAUCCCCGCCACCGCGCAGAUCACCCACCUGAGUCUUUCCCGGUGCAUCCGCCUCCAGGGAUCGCGGGUCGUCGACUUUUUGUCCACCCAUCCGGCGGUCUGCCAGACGCUGGUCUACCUCAACCUGUUGACCGAUCCUACUCGUUACCGACUGCUCGAGGAAGAGGAUAUUGCCGCCUUGCUUCCCAACCUGCCCACCACCCUUCGGUCGUUGAACUUGGGUGGCGCCAAGAUCACCUCGGACCAUGCAGCCGCGCUGCUGCCUCUGACCAAACAUCUGGAGGAGCUGGGUCUGAGUUCCGCGGAUCUUUCCUGCAAGGACCUCAACUCGUUCUUUGCUCCACCCCCACCGCCGUCCAACUGUGCACCUGUGCCGGAAGCUGCUCCCGUCGCCUGGGAACCAUCGUCGCUGUGCUAUCUGGACCUGACCAAGGUUCCGUCCUUGACGAUUGGAACCGUUUUCAACACCAACGCUUGCCUGCUGCUCUCCCAGCAGAGCUGGCCCCUGCAGGUUAUUGAGUUCAGUGACAAGAUCAUUGCGCCUUUGCGCGAGAGGAUUAAGAACAACCGCCCCUCCAGCGGCUGGACCAUCCGCGAGCUUGGUCGCCGCGGCUGGUAUGUCCGUGAUCCGGCGUCCAUGCCGUCCCAAGCCCCUGAUGACGGGUCCCGUUCCUGGAAAAUGGGAGCCCGCUGGUGGGGAAUGCGGAAGAUCCCUGUGGCUGUGGGUGAUGUCGGGGGCAUCUACGGACACUACAUGUUCAAGAAAUAA